AUGGAAAAGGAGAUAAGAGCAAGUGUUAAAUAUGCAAACACAGCCGCAGAAAUUUGGAAAGAUCUACAAGAGAGGUUUGGUAAAGAGAGUGCGCCAAGGUCGUACGAGAUCAGACAGUCGAUCACCAUGACCCGCCAAGAAGGGUCCACUGUAUCGGCCUAUUUCACAAAGUUACGUGGAUUGUGGGAUGAAAUAGAUACAAUGUUACCAGCCCCUCGAUGCGAGUGUGAAGGAUGCAAGUGUGAUGUUGGAAAAAGGCUCGUAGAAUUGAAAGAAAAGGAGAGAUUAUAUGAAUUUUUAAUGGAACUAAAUGCUGACUUCACGGUGAUUAGAACACAGAUCCUUGCCAUGAAGCCCACACCAACGCUUGGUAUUGCCUACCACUUGGUCGCUGAAGAUGAACAACAAAGAAACAUCACGGCUGGAAAGAAGACUGUGUCGGAAUCGAUAGCUUUUCAAGCUGCACAACAAGGAAAAUGA